ACAGAGCUGGAUUCCAACUGGAGCUGGUUCCAGCUGAGGUGUAUGCAAGUGGGCAGCAAUGCCAACGCGACGUCCUUCUUCCGCCAGCACGGCUGUACGACCACAGACGCCAACGCCAAGUACAACAGUCGAGCUGCUCAGAUGUACAGGGAGAAGAUCCGGCAGCUGGCGAGUGCUGCCAUGGCCAAGUAUGGCACAGAUCUGCUUAUAGAUGGACUGAGUGGAGCCCCUGGUCACUCCCCUGACAAGAGUGAUGCUGAUUUCUUCAUGGAGCACACACAGUCUUCCAGUACCUGGGAUGUAGCAGAUGCCAGCCAGAAUCCUGCACAGUCUUCACUAGAGGUGGAAAAAGCAGCAAAAUCAUCAGAAGGCAGCGAAGUGUCGAAUUCCAGCCAAGGGCCAUCUACUGACUUGUUGAGCACGUCUCCUAAAGCUCCUCUAGAACUUAAAUCCUCCCUCAUUGGAAAGAAGAAACCAGGAGCUGCCAAGAAAGGGCUGGGAGCAAAAAAAGGCCUUGGAGCCCAGAAGGUGAGCAGCCAGAGCUUCAGCGAGAUCGAGAGGCAAGCCCAGGUGGCGGAGCAGCUGAGGGAGCAGCAGGCAGUGGAGUCCAGGAAACAAGCUGAGGAGUCCAUAGUCACCUCGAUGCGACUGGCUUAUCAGGAACUGCAGCUCGAAAAAAAGAAGAAACUUCAGAACCUUGAAGGGAGGAAGCGUGAACAAGCAGAGAGGCUGGGCAUGGGCUUGCCAUCGAGGAGUUCUGUUUCACAUUCGGUGAUGUCUGAGAUGCAAGUAAUUGAGCAGGAGACACCGCUGGUUGCAAAAUCUUCCCGCUCCCAAUUGGACUUGUUUGAAGAUGCUGGAAGCUUCACCUCUGGACCCCCCAAGUACAAAUACAGUCCCUUCUCAUUCGAAGAUGCAUUUGGCUCACGAUGGGAAACGGACUCGUCAUGGGGUAUGGACAAAGAGGAGGAACCUGAGGUGACCAUUUCUAGUAUUCGCCCAGUUUCAGAGAGACCCACCAGUAGGCGGGAGCCAGAGAACAGGACAUUUGUUGUGGAAUCCAAUGAAGCUCGGCAGAAGUUUGCAGGGGCUAAAGCCAUCUCUUCAGAUAUGUUCUUUGGGCGGGAGGCAGAUGCUGAGUAUGAAGCCAGAUCCCGAUUGCAGCAGCUCUCGGGCAGCAGCGCCAUCAGCUCUGCAGACCUGUUUGGAGAGGCUGAAAAUGUGCACUCAGGUGGCGUGUCCAUUGGAAAUGUCCUGCCUGCAGCUGACAUUGCACAGUUCAAGCAAGGCGUGAAAUCCGUUGCUGGCAAGAUGGCUGUCCUAGCCAACGGGGUGAUGAACUCCCUCCAGGAUCGUUACGGCUCCUAUUGAUGACCCAGGGACUGCAAAUCAAAGAGAAGCCAGCAAGAGGCACUGAUGCCACCUUCGCCUGGAGUAAACUCUGCAGGAUGGUCUUAGUUUGUCUGGGUCAGGUGGGGAGGGGGCCAGGACAUGGCUAUGCCCAGGGUGCUUUCCAAAUAUCUCUGGAUUCCACUCUAUUAAAAUUCAGUGUGCCCUCACACCCACUGCUAUGUACUAGCCAGUGGAGACAGG